AUGGCCAAAAAGAGAAAGGCUGGUAGCGGAGGGUCGCGCGCGCCGAAAGCGCUAAAAGAGGAGGAUUCCAGAAUGGCUGUCAACUCGUACGAGGACGUCGCGGAUUCGGAGGACGAGUUCCAUAUCAAUCGCGACAAGAUACUGCUGGACGAGGGUCCGGCGGCUAAGAGACUGAGAAAGUAUCAGGAAGAGGACAAAUUUUUAGAGGCCUCAGACGAAGAAAUCCUCGACGCCGGCAGCGACGACGACGAUGAAGACGAUUUCGACGACCAGGACACCGGCGACGAGUCUGGAGAUGAUGUCACGGGACAGCGCAAACCAGUCGACGAGGAAGACGAAGACGUUGGUGGAUGGGGUACCUCGAAGAAGGAUUACUACAACGCCGACGCAAUAGAAACGGAGCAAGAUGCGUUAGACGAGGAAGCGGAAGCGAGGCGCAUACAAAAGAAGCAGCUACAGAGCAUGACGGAGGCAGACUUUGGCUUCGACGAGGACGAGUGGAUGGCGCAAGAUGGUGAGAAAGAUGCAGAAGGCGGCGCUGUCGUGACGGAGGUCCUGCCGCAACUUCAAAUUACGGACAACAUGACCGAAGAAGAGAGGAUGAAGAUCAUGCGCACGCGAUACCCCGAGUUUGAGCACAUUUCGAAAGAAUACCUCCGACUACAGCCCCUACACGAGGAAUUGGCCGCCGCCGCAAAGGCCGCCGAGAAGGUGCUGAAGGCACAAAUGGCGAAGUCUGGGAAGGCGGACAGAAUUCCACCAACACCAAAGGCUGUCACAAAAUACCGGGCAUGCGCCGCAUAUCUCGCAGCGAUGGCCAUGUACUUUGCUGUACUCGGCUCCACUGCAACGGACGAUGGGUCGCCUGUCAUCGCAAUGGAUCCUGCUGAACUACACGAACACCCAGUUAUGGAGACCUUGCUGAAGUGCCAGAAGGUAUGGACGCGGAUAGAAAACCUACCUAUCGCAGAUCCCAUGGUAGAGACCGGUGACGACGACUCAGCUAUGGAGGACGUGAGCGCCGAGGAACUCGAAAACGACCUGACCGUCAAGAAACCCACAAAGCAGAAGAAGACCAGAGCGGAACGAGCAGCAGAAUUAGCGCAAGCAGAAGCAGCAGCGCGACGCGCCGCGAAGCUCGCAAAGACGGAACAAGACCUCGCAUCACUCGACACCCUCGCCGACAAGGCCGCCCUCAAGAAGGCAUCGCGCAAGAAGAAGACCGCAGAACCCAAGCUCAACCUCCUCAACGCAGACGACUCGGACUUCGGCGAGGAAACGGAACUCACCGCGCACGAAGCCGCCGAGAAAGCCAAGAAGAAGAAAUCCCUCCGUUUCUACACCUCGCAAAUCGCUCAAAAGGCAAACAAGCGCGACGCCGCCGGCAAAGACAUGGGCGGCGACGCCGACAUCCCGCACCGCGAACGCCUCAAGGACAGACAAGCGCGUCUGCAGGCCGAAGCCGAGAAGCGUGGGCAACACAAGGACGCUGGUCCUGGUGUUGCGCUGGGCGAAGACGAUGGCGCUUCGUCUGCUGAUGAAGCGCCAGCGACAAAGCGCGACGACUUUGAAGAUGAGGACGGUUAUUACGACAUGAUCGCCGCGCGCUCGGAGGACAAGAAGCAGACUAAACUUGAACGCGCGGAGGCUUACGCCCUCGCUAAGAAGCAAGGCGCUCAGGUUAUCGAAGAGGAAGUCGUUGGCGAUGAUGGGCGUCGUAUGAUUUCUUACCAGAUUCAGAAGAAUAAGGGAUUGACGCCCCACCGCAAAAAGAGCGUGCGGAACCCGCGUGUUAAGAAGAAGGAGAAGUACAAGGAGAAGCAGAAGAAGCUCAAGAGUAUGAAGCAGGUGUUUGACAAGGGGGCUGCGGCCAAGGGCAGUGCGAACUAUGGGGGUGAACUUACGGGUAUUAAGUCUGGGCUUGUUAGGAGUAGGAAGUUGUAG